UUUCAUGGACUUGUGGAAGUAGAGUAAUUUCGUCUCUGACAGAAUGUCAACACUGUACUUGGAGAAACUAACCCGUCUUUAUGAGCGGUACCAGGAGUAUGUCACAAAGAACCCCGCCGCUACCGCGCAGCUGGAGAGCACAGUCCGGACUUUGUCAUACCUUAUAGCAGGUCGCUUCACGGAUUCACAUGAACUCUCAGAGUUGGUAUAUUCUGCAUCUAACUUGUUAGUACUGCUGAAUGAUGGCAUUCUCAGGAAAGGUCUUUCUCGGACCCUGCCUAUGUCGCUCUCACACCAGAGGCUGCUCACCUGGCUGUCAGUGCUGGAGUAUGUGGAAGUCUUCACUGAGAUGGGAGCUGCUAAGCUCUGGGGAGACGUUGGCCGGUGGCUGGUUAUCGUUCUCGUCCAAAUCACCAAAGCUAUCCUGCGCGUCCUGUUGCUCUUUUGGUACAAGUCAGGAAUUCAAACGUCACCUCCAAUUAUUCCCCUUGACAGAGAGUCACAGUUAUGUAAUGGAGGUAAAAACGACAGUAUCGAUGUUGAGGAAAAUCCUUCCUUUGUGGGCCAGCGUUCUGGGAGGGUGAUGCGACCUCUGGGAACAACACCUUCACUGCGUUCUCGUCUCUGGGGUGCUCCACACAGAGAAAAGAAGCGUGCUCAAGAGGAGGAAUUACUUUCAAGCCCCACCCCCCUGGGGCUGCAUGAGACAAUGGCAGAAGCUCUAUAUAUUGGACGGCCUCUAGUGCAUUUGGCCUGCCUGGGGCUGUGUGGCAAGCGCUCAUGGAAGCCAUGGCUCAUCUCUGGUCUCCUUGAGAUAACCAGCUUUGCUUUGCUGAGUGACAUAAAGACACUCAGUCGCAGAGAAAGGGCAGAGAUGCGGAGGCGAGCCUUCCUCCUUCUCUAUUACCUGCUCCGCUCUCCCUUCUAUGACAGAUACUCAGAAACAAAGAUUCUUUUCCUGCUACGAUUCUUGAGAGAUCAUGUACCUGGAGUUGGAUUAGUUGCACGUCCGCUGAUGGAAUACCUCCCCGUCUGGCAGAAGAUCUACUUUUAUAACUGGGGCUGAUCUCAGGAUCAACAAGUUGGAAUUCAUGAUGGACACCUUGUGUACGACACGGGAGGGAAUCCGUAGCUCAAUGCUACAGACGCUUAUGAGGAGUCUGACAUCUGUGCCAGAUUAUACACUUAUUCACAGAGACUGAAAUGUGUUUGUUACACCUUUUUCUUUUGAGUAGGGGAAUCUGUGCUGUCCUUCAGUUUGUAACUGGUGAUUGUAUAUAGUUUUAUUUCCUUCUAAUACAUUGCUGAAAACCCUGUCUUAAUGUGAUUUUUCCCCAUUGUAGCUUGUUUGGU